AUGACUCCUCCCACAGAACCGGCGCCGGUACACAACCCAGAGCGUCCUAAUUCGUUGGCGACCAGACGAAACCAAAGCCCGGGACGACUCAAGGGGCCUACUGUCACCGCACAACCAUCAGACGCCCGACCGCCACCUGCAGCUAUCGACCAUACCGAACAGCUCGACACUCUAACCAGCGACUCCGAAGUCGAGUCCGAGUCUGGUGGAGCAAUGCACAUGACCAGCAACGUCGAGGAACUCUUCAAUAACCUGCCCAGCGCUUAUAUGCUUGAGGAGCAAGACGUCUUGGAUCUGACAAGCCAUCGGAAAGUGGAUUCGCCAUUGAAGACGUUGGAGUUCGAGGCGCUGUUGCAAGCCAAAGCUCCUGAGCUCCUGGAGCAGUGGAAGCAGGAACGGCAACUGAUGUAUGAUGUUCAGGAUAUGUUGCAGAAGGAGUUGGAGAAUAGUCGGCAGCUGAGAGAGCUGAACUUCAUGCCUUUGCCCGACUCUAAGAAAUUGUCUGAAAGUAUGGGGCUAAGAAAAAUUGCAGAGACCACAGGCCUAAAGUCACCAUCAUCCAGCAGCAAAUCUUUUUCUUCUUCGCAGCGAUAUGUGCGGCACGAAGUCGACAGGAUCGAUCGCAGCGUAGGCUCCCCGACAUCUCCGGGUCCAUCACCCUUACGCACAUCUUCCAGUCUGGUGGAGAGUGGUGCAUACUUGCCCCGCCUCUUCGACGAGCAGAACUCCAAGACAGGAAGCCCGAAGACGCCUAAGUCGCCUAUGGAGCUACGGCAUGAUGCCGACCUGAAGGCUCUGGAAGUGCAAGUCAAGCUCCGCCUUCUUCCAGCCAUUGUGCUCCUUUCCAGUCCCAGCCUGGAUAGCAAAGCUCUCCACGUAGCCUAUGAGUCCGCGCGCUCGGCAUGGUAUCGUGCUCGCACGCGCGGCAAGGACAGGGAAAGUGCCGCGCUGAUGGGGAUGUGUGAGUACUACAUCGGUCUGUGUAAACUCGCUCAAGCCGAUCUGCAGGGCCUGAGGGAUGGCGGGAGGGGGGCUGAGCAAUGGUUUGCCAAGGCCUCUGUGAACGCGGAGGGUGUGUAUCGGGAAGCUAUAUUGGCAGAGAAGGUGCUGGCGACGAUCAGGAGAGCACAGAGGCCGGACUCGGCGUUGUCUGCUGCUAUGAGCAGCAGACCUGGUACUGCGGAUAGCGAUUCCAGCAGACCAGGGACAGCGGACGGUAAUUCCCGACCAGGCACCUCAGGCACCAUUCAAAGUCUGCCAGACGAUGAAGCCAAGCACACAACCUGGUGGGGCUGGAGAACAAGAAUCAGGAAUCUGCCUCGCGACCUCGCAGCAAUCGGAAUCCAUGAAGUCGAAGAAGAAGGAUCGGAGGCGGCGUCUCCUCCAUUUAGUACACUCAACGCUAACGCCACUAAUGCCAUUGAAAUGGACCACUCGCGACCUGAUAGUGGCGGCCUAAUAAAAAGUCCAAGCAAGCAGAUCCAGGCCUCUGACAUACGACGAUUACAGCGCGGGACCCGGAUCCCGACUUUCUCGUCCGAAGGCAGUGAGGUCUCAAAGGUGAUCCAGAGGGUCGAGACGCCAGAUUCGGGGUAUGGCAAGGGCGGGCUCGGUGGGCUGAGGUUGGCGAACGCGAGUGCUGGUUCGGUUUCUAGCUCAAGUCACUCACCAGUGAAGCGCACAGCUACGACGACAAUUCCGGCGGUAGACUCGUCCACGAAACAGACAUCACCAGGCCUCAUCCGCCUGCCGAGUUCGCCAGCGCAAUCACCAGGUGGAACGCCAAAAGAGACACCAACAGAGAUACCUUCUCCUGUGACUUCCCCGACUACAUCGCAUGCCAAGCGGAAGUCUGUGGCGUUUUCGCUGGCGGCGUUGGGGAGUCUUUCAACUUCUUCGCAUAGUGCUCGGUCUUCUCCUCAGGCCUCGCCGAGGAGUAUCGAGAGUGCUACAAUCUUGGCUAGGAGGAUGGGAAGAAGGAUCUCUUCAAUCACGACUGGGGCGCUAGUGGGAGAUAGUUAUCGGGAUGCGGAGGAGGGAAGGAGUCCUUACCGGGCUACUUUCUCGGACGUCUCGGAGGAGGGAGCGAGGGAGAGGAGUAGGAAGAAGAGUGCGGAGGAUAUGGUAUAG